GUUCGACGCGGUCUUCCGUUCCCGUUGGCCGUGGCCACCAACAGUCAUUACGGUUCAGUGUUCUACGCCGCCACCGGAACCGGUACUCCAACCGGUGCUAGGAGUCCAGUCCAAGUGGCUUAUUGUCUGUGCUGAUUAAAGAACUACUAGUUCUACCUUCAGUUUACUAUCAAAAUGGCAGAACAACUUCAGAACAGCAAAGCCCUUCGGCAGUAUCGAUGAGUAUUGCAUGUUGCCCACUGACUGUACUGAGCUGGAAGAUCGUCCAUCGGAGGUGGCAUCAGCCUGGCAGGUGUAAAUCGAUGCGUGUCAAGCGGUCCUUGACUCAAACUGUGGAGCCGGUGUCUAUUUUGGAUCCUUCAGACGGAAUCGAAGACGCGUGUGUCGCUCAUCGAACAGUUGUCCCCACCAAGGUUAAGUAAUAAAGCGAAAAUCAGCUGCAAGCGAGCCCAUAUGGCUAGCACGUGGUUUGUCGUGGCCCGGCGGGUGCGACACGCGAACGUAUAAACCCACACGGAAGGAACAAUUUAUGGGUUCACUGAUGCCCGGUGGCUGAGUCGAGACAGGCGGAACGUUGACAAACUGCCGAAGAAGUCACCGGUGAACGCACUUAUUUAUGCGCUGCUGAUGUGGCAGACUGAAGCGGUCGGAGGCUCGUUUUUUGGUGAAGUAUUUAUUUUCCUCACACCUUCUUCAGCUACUAGUGGGCGAGUGAGUGGUCCACACUGGUGAUAAGCAAAAGUGUGCAAGUGAGAAGUUUAUUCAAUUUAGUGCAUAGCUCCAGAUUUCCAGAUUCCAGUCAUGGCGAAACUGAAAAUAGUUGGCGGACGUCCCAUCACGAUGGACGAGGCAAUAGAACUGCGGCAAACAGUGUUUGGUUCAGCCGCUAGUCCACCUCGGGGUGAAUGGACACGUACAGGAUUCACUUUCGGUCCAGCAAACCAAGAGUAUCCUUACGGUUUGCGAACGCCACGGAAUGCGACCCGAGGCAUGCAGUCCGUCAUUCAGGCACACAUCAUCAAACAAUUCAUCUUCGAUAACAAACCACGUGAAAAAUCCGUUCCAUUGGAAGAGCUGCUGAAACCGAAUGAAGCAGAACAGGCGCUGGCACUGUACACCGCAAUGUCCGACAUUCUGUGGAAUAUUGGCGAAAAGACGAAAGCGAUCGUGGCUCUUCCAGGUGAAGCGUCGCACAUUCCGCACAGUCACGUCUACUUCCAGGAUAAUGUGACAGAGAAGCUGUACUUCUUCGAGUUUACCAAGCUGGACGAUUUGCAGAUCUUCAUGAAGCGUUAUUUGCCUUACUUUACCGAAAAUCCGGGCCCAGGAACGCUCCUGUAUCUGUACAGUGCGGUACUGACGCGUGGUAUGGAGAACAUGAGGAAUGAUCUGGACGCACCGAAAGGAGCACAUUUGAUGGGACCACACGAGGAAGGCUCACUGAACGUGAUCACGUUGCUGCUGACUGGCCGUGCAACGCCCUAUCUCCACAACGGUGUCGUGUACGUUGGAGACGAGGAUCAUUAUGCUGUUCCACAAUUUGGGAUUCUAAGUCGCGGUGCGAUUGGGCUGCUGGUUUGGGAAGGUGAAAACGAAGCGAUGCGCUCGGCUUCCCGUAUGCCGGGCUCGCGACUGAAAACGCCGGCCACUCCCGUGUGGGUUAGCUGCUGCUGUGGCCACUACGGUGUGCUGUUCAACUCGAACCGGGAGCUGCUGCGGAACUACCAUGCCGAAAAGCGUUUCGAGCUGCACUACUACACCUGCGCCGGCUGCUACCUAUCGAUGACCGUCGAUAACCGUGGCCAGGAGGAGGGUGGCGGUGACGGCGGUGACCAGGAUGGUGAUCGGAAGCGUGAUGACAUGAUCUCUACGCCGCUCGAGAGACUCAUCCACACGAAGUGGAUGGACGCGAAGAUCACGUACCAUGGGGCGUUGCCGGCAUCGUUGAACUUCUAAGGCGUUCCUUUCGUGAAAAGGACCUUUGCGGGUGCAAGUGUUUCGAACGGUUGUUGAGUGUUGCGAACGGUCCGUGAUGCCGUGCGGUAUUACUUGAUGCGUUGAUGCGGUAGGUUGUUCUGGGUGGUUUUUGAAUUUUAUUUCCUAUAACUCACGCGCCCUUCGUGUAGAGGAUGAUUGAUCCCGGUUUAGGGCUAGCUUCCAGUGAACAAAACAACGUUAGUGAAAAGUAAAACAAGCGAUUCGCUCAUGAUACACGCGUGUUAUCCUUUCUUGUUCCGUUGCUAAGAGCAAGAUCUCUCACGUUACACGCAGGACAGGGCAGGACGCUGUAGCCUUUCUACAAGAAGAGCAACAUGUGUGCCAAGCUCCGAGUCAAGUAAUCUAUAUCGAAA